GGGUGGCCAUAGGAGAAGGAGGAAGCACAGGCCCACGACCCGACUCGACCGCGCUCCGGCUCCAGCACCGCCCGCCAUGUCUACUGGAAGCCCCGACUCAGAGUCUGCGCCCCUCGCCCCCUCUAUGUCUUCCUUACCCCUGGCUGCGCUCAACGUGCGAGUGCGACGCCGCCUGUCGCUCUUCCUAAACGUGCGGACGCAGGUGGCGGCCGACUGGACCGUGCUGGCGGAGGAGAUGGACUUCGAGUAUUUGGAGAUCCGGCGGCUGGAGACGCACGCCGACCCCACCGGCAGCCUGCUGGACGACUGGCAGGGACGUCCGGGCGCCUCGGUGGGCCGCCUGCUCGAGCUGCUCUCCAAGCUGGGCCGCGACGACGUGCUGGAGGAACUGCGCCCUAGCAUCGAGGAGGACUGCCAAAAGUAUAUUUUGAAGCAGCAGCAGGAAGCCUCUGAGAAGCCUUUACAGGUGGACUCUGUAGACAGCAGCAUCCCUCGGACCCCAGAGCAGAUGGGCAUCACCACUCGUGAUGACCCCACGGGGCACAUGCCUGAGCGUUUUGAUGCCUUCAUCUGCUACUGCCCCAGCGAUAUCCAGUUCGUGCAGGAAAUGAUCCAGCAGCUGGAACAGACAAACUAUCGGCUGAAGUUGUGUGUGUCUGACCGUGACGUCCUGCCUGGCACUUGUGUCUGGUCCAUCGCCAGUGAACUCAUUGAGAAGAGGUUGGCUAGGUGGCCAGGGGGCAAGUGCCGUCGGAUGGUAGUGGUUGUCUCUGACGAUUACCUGCAAAGUAAGGAAUGUGACUUCCAGACUAAGUUUGCACUCAGCCUCUCUCCAGGUGCCCAUCAGAAGCGACUGAUCCCCAUCAAGUACAAGUCAAUGAAGAAAGAGUUCCCCAGCAUCCUGCGCUUCAUCACUGUCUGCGACUACACCAACCCCUGCACCAAGUCCUGGUUCUGGACUCGCCUUGCCAAGGCUCUGUCCCUUCCCUGAACAGCCCUGGGACCCUAGGUGUGUGUGCAUCUAUCUGCCUGUACGUGGACUUCUGCCCCUGCCUCCACCUGCAGUUGUAGGAGGAAUCCGUGCUCCACUUGCCUCUGAAUUCCCAGACAUGCCAACUCCACAGACACAUCUGCAGCCCCAGUACCUAUCUGGGCAUCACAUCUCAGGUCCUGCACAGAACCAGUGGCUGCAAAUGGCACGUCCCCUUGCUGGGUUAUCAGCCAGGAUGGUGAAAACCAGAGGCAGCUGGGACUAAGAGGAGGACCAGAAGAGCCAGCUCUGACUUGUCCACACAUCUUAGGCCUCAGUUUCUCCAUCUAAGAACUAGGUAGGGUGGGCAGAACAGGCAGGAGCUGUGUUCGAAUCACUGUGGGAAAUGGUGAAGUAUUGUUCUGGGUCUCCUGGAGAGACAAAUCUUGGCUGAGAGAGCUGGCUGCCUGGACCACUUGCUGCCCGCUGCUGGGACCACUGCACAAGGUGCCUACUGACACUUCUGGACCUUGCUACCCAUCUCACAUCCCACUUCCUCCUGCCCCAGGGGGCAAAUGGGGAAGCAGGCUGGUCCACACAGGGAGGUUCCCCAAUGGUUCCACCUCUCAUCUGCUUCUUUGACUUCUCCCAGCUUCUGCCCAUCUUCAGUGUGCUAAGUCCCCAAGAGACCAGCCUGAACAUCUGGGGCUGCUUUUCUCUUCACCUAUUGAGUGCCUGUAAUCCUGCUCUCAGCUCCGCCUGGCAUCAGAUGGGAUCUCGACUUCCGGCAUUUCCAUUAAGUUUGGGCUCUGGGUUACCAUGGCGGUGUAAGCAGGAAGCCUUCCUUCCUCGGCCACCCACGGAGAGCUUUCUCACCAAUCUUCUGUGCCUUAAUUGCCUUAAAGUUGUUUGCUGGGACCAGUUUACAAACAGUGACCAUGUAAGAGCCUCCUGCCCCAAAGCUUGUGGGCACGUGGACACAUACAAGCUCACAUGCGGAGACACACACGUACGUGCCCACGCACCCUCACACACACACACGCACACAGGCAUCUUCAUGCACACACUUCCCUGGGUACAGCUCCCAGGAACAGCCACGUGGGACAGUCCCACCAUAAAGGGGGCCUGACCCUGGACAAAGAUGGGACACUCGAAUUCUUCUUCUCUUUUUUUCUUCCUCAUUGAAACCAGACUCUGGAAAGGACCCAAUAUGCCAGCAUUUAUGCCUUCAGUGAAGCACAGAGUAAGAACAGAGCUUGCCUGAACUCACACAGCAAGUCAGCUGUGACACAGCUGUUUUUUUUCCCUCCCUGGAGGAUCUGUAUGUUAGUUUCCCUCAAGCUCUCCUUCAAGGAGAAAAUGUCAUGGUCUCAAGUCUCUGCCCCAGGACAGAACCCGGGACCCUAAAUCUAACAGGAAAUGUUCAUCUUCUCUGCUCCACCUCCAGCAAGGGCUGGGGGAAGGGAGCUUCUCUCAGGAUCUCCAGAGGAUGAUCUUGAUAAAGCACUUAGCUACCAAGCACCUAUCUACACUUUGAUACUGGAGAGUAUUUUAAAACAAUUUCAAGAAAGUAGCUUUUACAACUGUUUUGUAUUCAUUGUGAGAAUUUCAGAGAGCUGAGAAAUGGCUAUGUUUAUAAUUUCCCCUUCUGUAUCCUGGGUUUAUAAUAAAGAGUUCUCUACUUUCGGA